AGCCUAAACGUAUCAAACAAAGGAGGGAUCCGCUUGGCCGCUGUAGUCAACUUCGGAAGCUGAAAGGCAAAGGAGCAUUAGAGGCUAGAGAAUCGAAGGAUAGAAGAAGAAGAAAAAUGGCGAUGGAUUUGGAAAGAGUUGUUGAGCAGGCAAGGGAGACCUUUGAGAGCGGUGGAACGAGAAGUUACUUUUGGAGGAGAUCACAGCUUAGAGCUCUUAAGGAUCUCCUCCAUGAGAAGGAGGCCGCAAUCUGCGAAGCCCUUAAGCUUGACCUCGGAAAGCACCGCGUCGAAGCUUACCGCGAUGAGAUUGGAUUUUUAAUUAAGUCAGUGGAUCAUGCGCUGCAAAAUCUCAAGAAAUGGAUGAAACCUGAAAAGGUUAGCGUCCCACUCGUGGCUUUUCCGACCACGAGCGAGGUGGUGCUAGAGCCGCUCGGCGUUGUCCUAAUCUUUGCUUCUUGGAAUUUUCCAAUAGGAUUGUCCCUGGAGCCAUUGAUAGGAGCAAUAUCAGCUGGGAAUUCUGUAGUUUUAAAGCCCUCAGAACUUGCUUCUGCAUCUUCCAAAUUUCUGGCAACAAACUUGCCCAAAUAUUUGGACAACAAGGCUGUGUCGGUUAUUGAAGGUGGCCCUCUCGUAGGGCAGCAACUCCUGGAACAGAAAUGGGAUAAGAUCUUCUUCACUGGGAGCGCAAGAAUUGGACGUAUUAUAAUGACAGCAGCUGCAAAGCAUCUGACUCCAGUCUGUCUUGAAUUAGGAGGAAAAUGCCCUGCUAUUAUUGACUCUCUUUCGAGAUCAAGAGAUGUAAAGGUGGCCAUCAACCGAGUAGCUGGAGCAAAGUGGGGGUUUUGCAGUGGUCAAGCUUGUAUAGCCAUUGAUUAUUUACUUGUAGAAGAAAAAUAUGCUCCUUUUCUGGUUGACUUGUUAAAGGAGAAGAUAAAAAAUUGCUACAUGAGACCUGCAGAUCUCACAAGGAUUGUCAAUAAGCAGCAUUUUCAAAGAUUAAGAGAAAUGAUUGAGGAUCCAUUGGUUGCAGAUACUGUAGUUCAUGGUGGCUCCUUAGAUCAAGAAAGCCUAUAUAUUGAGCCAACCAUCUUGUUGGAUCCACCUUUAGAUUCUGAAGUGAUGAAGGAGGAAAUUUUUGGCCCAUUGCUUCCAAUAAUUACAUUAAAGAAGAUCGGGGAUAGCAUUGAAUUUUUGAAGGGUAGGCCAAAGCCUCUGGUUAUUUACGCCUUUACUAAUGAUGAGAAGCUGAAGAAAAGAAUCAUAGAAGAGACAUCAUCUGGGGCUGUUACCUUUAAUGAUGCAGUCAUACAAUUUGCACUAGACACGCUACCUUUUGGAGGAACUGGCGAGAGCGGCUUCGGAAAGUACCAUGGCCGGUUCUCCUUCGACCAAUUCAGCCAUAGAAAAGCCGUCAUGAGAAGAAGCUUUUGUUUGGAAUUUUCAUUCAGAUACCCUCCUUGGAAUGAGAGGAAGCUCCAGUUCCUCAGAUAUAUUUACAGCUUUAAUUACGUUGGACUGCUGCUUCUGUUCCUUGGACUAAAAAGAUGCAGUUCCACAUAGUUUCUUCUGCAUCAUAACUGUUCUGCCAUUAAUACCGAAAACAUGUUCUGCUCCAGAUUAUUUUUUAUUCUUGCUUUGAGCUCGUCAUAAAUAUUGUUAAGCUUUCUUUGAUUUAAUAUAGUUAAAGACAAGUUUUAAAUA